UCCAGUGAGAAAGUUCCUUUGAAGGAUCACUUGGCAAUACUUGAGCAGAUGAUCAGCUUCUUGAGAGCCAACAUCACGCGUGUGAUGAUACCAGGUCUUGAAUUUCUUCGAGAUAUUGACACUGUGGUUAUUGAUGUUGGACUUAUGAUGUACUCAUUAUAUGAAGGCGAGUGGGAGAAGGAAUAUAUAGAAUUGAGAGAAUUGAACCGUUCACUAGUUCUUGAUUUGAUGGGCAACAUUCAAUGUAUCAACACAGCAAUCUAUGUCACUAUUCGGAAGUCAUUUCAACUUAACUUGCCAAGGAUUCAUGGAUUAGGUUAUGUUGAUUUCCUUUUAAACAACUUGAAGGAGCUCCAAACCAUCCAUUCAGACUCACUAGCUUCUGUCGCAAACCCACUUCAAAUAAUUCAGAUGGAACUUGAGGGCUUGCAACCUUUUCUAGAGGCUAUUGCAGAAGAGCAGCACAAAGGCAUCGACCAAAUUCAACAUUGUGCAACACAACUGUUUGACAUAGCAUAUGAGGUGGAAUACUUAGUUGAUGCUCGUAUUAGCAGAGAAGCUCCUGUAUGGUGCAUCGAACGUUGGCUCUUGGAUAUCAUGAAGGAGAUUGCUCUUAUCAAAGACAUGGCAGCAGAGAUUCAUGAAAUGAAAAUGGUUGGCGGUGCAGUGAACGCUGUCACAGCUCAUAAGUCAUCAAAUUUGGUAAGGUCUUCAAGGAUGAAUCAAGAAAUAAUUGGUUUUGAGGAUGUCAUAGAAAAGUUAAGAGACCAACUAAUAAAAGGCACCAAAGGACGAGAUGUUAUCUCGAUUGUCGGUAUGCCAGGUCUAGGCAAGACGACGUUGGCCUACAGACUCUACUAUGACAGGUCAGUCUCUUCUCACUUUGACAUUCGUGCACAGUGUUGUGUGUCUCAAUUAUAUUCACGUAAGGAGUUGUUAAUGGCGAUUUUACGUGAUGCUAUCAAUGAGAAAUUUGGGCGUAGCAAAAAACAACCUGAUGAAUUAGCGGAUCAGCUUCGCAGAAAACAACCUGAUGAAUUAGCUGAUCAGCUUCGUAAAACUUUACUUCCCAGAAGGUAUCUUAUCCUCGUCGAUGAUGUGUGGGAAACUAGUGUGUGGGAUGAUCUGGUAGGUUGUUUCA